AGCCCCACGACAUGGCUGCCCUGGCCCAGGAACUGGGCACGGCGUUCUUCCAACAGCAGCAGCUCCCCGCCUCCAUGGCCGACACAUUUUUGGAGCACCUGUGCCUGCUGGAUAUUGACUCCGAGCCCAUCACCGCCCGGAGCACCAGCAUCGUCUGCACCAUUGGCCCAGCAUCGCAGUCGGUGGAGAUGUUGCGUGAAAUGAUCAAAGCCGGCAUGAAUAUCGCAAGGCUGAAUUUCUCGCACGGAUCGCACGAGAUGCUGGAGAGCAUGAUCAAAAAGCCUCGUCCCACCAGGGCGGAAAGCAGCGACGUGGCCAACGCCGUCCUAGAUGGGGCCGACUGCAUUAUGCUGUCCGGGGAGACAGCCAAGGGGGCCUACGUGGUGGAGGCUGUGCGCAUGCAGCAUGCGAUCGCCCGAGAGGCCGAAGCCGCCAUGUAUCACCACCAGCUCUUCCAGGAGUUGCGGCGCCUGACGCCCUUAAGCCAAGAUCCGACCGAGGUGACCGCCAUCGGUGCUGUGGAGGCCUCCUUCAAAUGUUGCGCGGCGGCCAUCCUUGUCCUCACCUCCACCGGCAGGUCUGCGCAGAUCCUCUCCCGCUACCGGCCUCGGGCUCUCAUUAUCGCCGUGACCCAGGACGAACAGGUGGCCCGCCAAGCUCACCUCAGCCGCAGCAUUUUCCCGGUCGUGUGGCACGGCGCUAAGCAGGACACCUGGGCGGAUGAUGUCGAUCGCCGGGUGCAGUUUGGGAUCGAGAUGG